ACGGUUGUUUCAAGUAGGCGUCUGCAGACACAGAAGUGUGAGGAUUUCCGGAGGCGUACGUGAACGCCUCACAGUGGGCUGGACGCUGUCGUGUCUCCCUGUGUCCUUUACCUCCGCUCCGCUCCUCACUUUCAUUUCUUUAAGCCGGGAGGCUCCGACAGCAGCAGCGAAGCGAGAGGGAGAGUGAAAGCGCUCCCGUGUGGAAAUUCAGACCAGAGUCCAGCCGAAACCAUGGACGGUGAACUCUGCCAGAAGAGCAAACAUCUUCAGUGAGGAAUUAAACUCAUCUGAAUGGACCCCGACGCUGAUGAAAGGACACCUCGGCACAAAACCACAAGACGCUUCGAAGAGCGACUGAGAUUCAGCCCAGCCAAAGCACAGCGAGGCCAUGCUCACGCUAUGACCACGACCAUGGUUCAGUCUGCAAUGUUGACAGUCCUGAUACAUGUUUUCCUGUUGUCCCACGGUGCUCAGUGUUCGGGGGGCGACGAGGGAGCCUCCCUCCACUCGGCUGCCGUGGACCUCCCCUGGCAGGAUGAGCUGUGCUGUGACUCACCGUCAGUCCACCUCACUGCGGAGGGAGACGACACGCACGCACCGGAGACAAAUCGCUCUGAACUGAACCUCCCACAUGAUCCCCGCUGCAUCUUUAGGAGCUCGACAACCGAAACAUCUCCUCAUGAGCCCUCAGACGGCACCUGUCUGGACAUUCUGUGCAGAAUUGAUGAAAACUGGGAAUAUUUAACUUGUGACCUUCAGUCUCACGGUCCAACAACAUCCACUAUGGACGCUGCUCUCAUGGCAGUUAGCUUACGGCGUCUGUUGUCCCAGAAAGAGGACACACAGGUGAACGUUGGGAGAGCUGCACCUGAUAAUCCGGUUGUCUGUGAAGCAGAGGAUUCCUUCAUGUGUUCUGUUGCCCUCAACAGGACGGCAAGCUUUGUCACUAUGGUAACCGUCAGCAUCUCCAACGCUGUAGCUCCACCGGUCCUACUCAGAGUUCCUGCUCGGCCUGUGAAACCAAGUCCUCCAGUCAACCUGUCACAUAUCCAGACCAUCGAGGCAGAACUGAUUUUACACUGGGAAGAUCCCACAGACUCUGAUACUGGCCUGCUGAGAUACGAGGUCCGAUACUCCUCCAACACCACUCACCCAGCCUGGCAGGUGGUGUCUGCACCUGGAGAGCCCAGGUUGUCUCUGGAUCUGAAGCCCAGGCUGAACUACACCAUCCAGGUUCGCUGCUCCAGCCUGGACAGCCCUCCACUGUGGAGCGACUGGAGUGAACCUCACCACAUCUACCUGGACACGGUGAGCUACAUCCCUGAGAAAGUGGUGGUGCGACCAGGGGAGAACGUAACAGUUUACUGUGUGUUCAACGACCACAACAUCAAUGCCAGCACGGCCAUGUGGAUACUCAACUUCGAACAGCGGCUUCAUCGCAGCCAGUACCACCCGGUCAACCAGUGGGUCAGCCAGAUCACAGUGCGUCCUUCUGAGACUCGCAUGUAUGACCUCCUGCAGUGUACUCAAGAGUGGACCAUCCCAUACAGCCAGAUCUAUGUAGAGGGAGCUUCCAUUGAUAUAAACUGUGAGACGAACGGGGAUAUUGACGCUAUGGAGUGUAGCUGGAAGAACACGCAGUGGACUAAACCGGAAUUCAGGUCCAGGUGGGCUGACCUGCCGUGUGACGUGAUGGAGGAACGGGAAAGAGCGGGUGAGAAAGUGGGGGAGAUGGGGCACGCUUGCCUGCAGGUCCACUUGAGGCAGAAAACCUGCACCAUUCAGCCUCUGAGGAUGAACUGCUACAAGCUGUGGCUGGAGGUGCCGUCUCUACUGGGCCCCAUCAGGUCGAAACCCGUCUACCUGUCCCCCAUAGACCAUGUGAAACCCCACCCGCCCACUAAUGUGAAGGCAGUGAGCCAGAGCAGUGGAGUACUGACGGUCACAUGGGAGCCUCCUUCCCUGCCAGUCGAGGGGCUCCAGUGUCAGUUUCGGUACCAGUCCCCAUCCGCUGUGAGAGCCCAGCCGGAGUGGAAGGUACAGAAUCCAGUGCGGGUGCCGUGGGCGGAGGUCGCAGUGUCCGACAUGUGCCGGGUUUAUGUGGUACAAGUACGCUGCAUGCACGCCAGCGGCACUGGCUACUGGAGCGAAUGGAGCGACCCGGUUUACUCCACACCUCAGAACAGCAGAGCUCCUGAACGCGGUCCUGAUUUCUGGAGAAUUCUUCAGGAUGAUCCAUACAGAAACCAGACUAAUGUCACUCUGCUGUUUGAGCAUCUCCAAAUAUCAGGGGACACUUACUGUGUGGAUGGAUUUAUAGUCCAGCACCAGGACUUGAGUGGUUCUGUGAUGAGGAAGCAGAUAGAGCUGGCGUCCUCCUACAGCUUCGAGUGGAACCAGAUGCUCCAAACUGUGACUGUGGAGGCUUACAAUAAUCUGGGCAGCUCCACUAACAACAUCAACAUGACACUGGAGAGACGACCCAAACGCCGCUGCAUGCGUUCGUUCAGUGUGUUGGUUAUCAACAGCACCUGUGUGUCUCUGUCGUGGACUCUGUUGGACAACAGCUCUGUACCCCUCUUCAUGGUGGUCCAGUGGUCUCCACAGAGGCAGCAGGACUCUGACCAUCACAAAGGCCUGAGUGGAGACACGUGGGCCAGAAUACCCUACACUGACCGUCCCACUUAUCUUAGAGGUGAUUUCUUUGGCUCUGAGGAUUGUGGCUUCUACUUGUACCCUGUGUUUGCUGAUGGAGAAGGCGAGCCAGCGUACACGACAGCCACCAGAGGGGACCCUGCAGCCUAUAUGAUGCUGAUGAUCAUCUCCUUCCUCGCCGUCGUCCUGUUCGUCACCUUGAUCCUCUCCCAAAACCAGAUGAAAAGGUUUGUGUGGAAGGAUGUGCCCAACCCAAACAAGUGCUCCUGGGCCAAAGGACUAGACUUCAAAAAGGCUGACACGUUUGAUCACUUGUUCCGCCCAUCAGAGGGCCUCCCAACCUGGCCGCUGCUCCUGCCUUCUGAGAACAUUUCCAAAGCCGUGAUAGUGGACAAGGUUGACAUCUCAGCUCCCACUGCAGCUCUGGUCCAAGCCCCUCUCGUGUCCCUGACUCCGGAGCCAGCUACCACCUUAUCUGUCUCUCUUCUGCUGGGGUUUGACUCAGAGGUUGACCAAGCGGAGCCCGGGGAAGGUGAGGUGCACCGAGGUGGCGCUCCUUCCUUUGCUCUUAAUCUGGAUGCUUUAACCAGUUCAAGUCCAAUAAUCGAUCAGUUACAGCUAGUCGACCCCCCAGCAGACCAGCCCCCAGGCAGCACUGACAGCUCUGCCCAGUCUUCAGUCACAUACACCACCGUGCUGCUCUCCGGUCCCAAGCCGCAGGAGCAGCAGCCCAUUCAUCUCCACUACAAGGAUGGCAGUGGCAGCAGUUCCAGUGAUGAAGGCAAUUUCUCCGCAAACAACUCGGACAUUUCUGGAUCUUUCCCCGGGGGCCUGUGGGAGCUGGACGACCCGCGGCGCUCCUGCUCCUAUAAUUCUAUUGAGGAGCUUUCUGAAACAUCAGAGCAAGAAGUAGAAGAGCAGGCGAGGGAGGAGAAGGACUUGUAUUAUCUAGGAAUGGACUAUCCAGCAGAGGACGAGGAAAGCGAGGAAGACGAGAAGCAGAGAGACAUGGAGACAAACACUGAGCUGCUCAAAAAUGUGGUUUUGAACAGAGAAGACUGUUCUGCGGAGUCGCACCCUUUGCUCGCCUCCGAGGACUCGAACGAGCUGCAGUCGCCGCCAGCGCGUGGCUUCUCUCCACUGUACCUGCCUCAGUUCAGAACUGCUCCAUGCACGAGGCAACUCACAGCUCAGGCACAAGACGGCAAACCCCAGCUGUGACUCUCACACGGACUCCAUUUAAAUGAGAAUGUGCGCCUUUAAAUCCGUUGACAUCGUGGACUGCGUUAUGAUUCAGCAUUUACCAAAGCGGAUUUGCACACGUUCCCUCAGAUAUAGUCAGGUGUGGAGCUGGAAAAUGUAAAAAAUAAAUAAAUAAAAAAUACCUCGAUUAUGUAUGAUUGCAAAUGAUGUUCAUCAGUGCUGCUAUUGUGUUCUUUGGGAAGAGAUUUCAGGGGGGCACAAGCCUCAUUUAAGAGGCAUUUCUUUCUUUCUUUAUGGGGAUUCAAAACCCAGAUUCUACUGUGCCACACUGCAGUUGGUUACUGAUGCAGGAGAGUCUGGAAACAUUAAACUCACAUAUCACAGGUGGUCAUACCUUCGCUGCACAUAAAAAAAAAAAAAGGCGUGUGCCUUUGUUCACUCAUCUGCUGCCGUGUAGAAAACAAGUUGUGUUUCGUUUCGUGCUCUGCUUAGUUCUUUUGGCUGCAUUUUAAGCGAAGCAUGAAAGAGAUUCAAAGAGAAUAAUUAAAGGCACAGAAAGCGAGAGGGGAAAAGGCACAUGAUCUGCUCAGUUUUGGUUUCCUUAGAGCACAUUAGACUGUGAAGUGAAGACAAACAUUGGAUGUCACUCCAAAGCUAUUAGUGUGACUAAAUGGAACCAGGUCACAAUGAAAACAGAUGUAGUCUGUGAAUUUUGGACAAAGAUUUUACUGCAUUUUUAGGCAGCUUGCGCAACACCAUCUGCAUGGACUAACUCACCCACCAACCCAAAGAAUGUCUUUUUGUACUUGUAAUGUGUUUGAGGCUCUGUUACAGUUUGUGAGAAAUGUAAUAACUAUUUUUUUUCUGUGUUUUGGCCAUGAACACGAACUCCUGCUGUCCAGUGUAAAAUAAAAGACAAAAGAAUGUAUAUUUGAAAGCAGAGGAAGACAGAAAAGCAACAUUAGAGAAAUGUUGAAAUGUGGCUGACAGAAAUUGAGAGUUAUUGUUAUUGUAUAUUAUUGAGAUCCUUUGUCUAUUUUUCAUGGUGAAAAUAAAGUGUUCAUUGUGA